AUGGAUGUCCUCGAUGACGCGGCCGUCCUGGAUGUAUUUGCGGCGUAUCUCCUUGAGCUGCCCGGCGCGCGCAAUGUCGAUGCCCGCUUCCGGAUGCUCGUGCACGAACUGCGUGAGCACGGUGAAGCGUUUGGUCGUGUCUAUGGUCCCGCCCGGGCCGUAGAACUUCUUGUCGCCGAGCUUCCCGACUUGUCGCAGACGCCGGCCUUACCGUUGCCGCACUCUUCGCCGGUGCACCUAAAAGAAGAGGGUUUGCUGCACGUGUGUGGUGUCAAUGCCGUUGCCUCGCGGUUGGCCUGGAAGAAGAGACCAGGUCAGUGGUUGUCGGUUGGUUGA